GGGUAAGCAUCUCUCCUUUUCGAUCGAAUAUAUAUUUUACUUUCUUUCUUGCUCUUUUUCGUUCAAUUUAGUGCCCAAAUCUCUCUUCACAACUCUUAUCGCUUCCACACUUGGAUUUCUCGAUCCCGAUUUCGGCUUGGGGUUUUGAGCUGAAAUAAUAGGGUGAGGUUUAUGAUGGAUAAGGGUUCGAAGAGCAAAUGCAAGUCUGUAACGCACAAGCUUUUUAAGGACAAAGCGAAAAACCGGGUCGAUGACUUGCAGGCUGUGUUCAUGGACCUGCAAUUUGCGAGGAAGGAGAGCCGUACAAUUGAUAUGGCGGUCCUUGAAGAACAGGUCAAUCAGAUGCUCCGUGAAUGGAAAGCUGAGCUCAACGAGCCCUCCCCAGCUUCUUCUUUGCAGCAAGGUGGUAAUCCUGGUUCGUUCUCCUCGGACAUCUGUCGGCUGUUGCAGCUGUGUGAGGAGGAAGAUGAUGCCACUAGUCCAUUAGCUGCCCCAAAACCUGAGCCUACUGAUCAGACCUUUCAAGUUGGAGAGACUGUGGUCUUUCAUGAGGGGUUUGGAAUGAAUCAGGUGCAACAGGAACAUAGCUUCCCCUUGGUUGAUUGCAAAAACUCCACCUCAAGAGUUUGCAAUGUUUCAGUUAACAAUUUGGAAGGAGCUACUCAUUUAGAUUAUCAUCAGUUUGAGUUGCAUCAAGAAUUUGGCCACAACUUCUACACUGAUUUUACCGGAACCUGUGUUUCUGGGGAAGAUGCAUUGCCACAUAUCUCUAGCUAUCUACCAAGUAUAUGUCCUCCACCUUCUGCUUUCUUGGGCCCAAAAUGUGCUCUUUGGGAUUGUCCAAGGCCUGCUCAGGGGCUGGAUUGGUGUCAGGACUAUUGCAGCAGCUUUCAUGCUGCUCUGGCAUUGAAUGAAGGACCACCUGGCAUGGCUCCCGUUCUUCGACCUGGAGGAAUCGGGCUGAAGGAUGGACUGCUUUUCGCUGCUCUUAGUGCAAAGGCACAGGGAAAAGAUGUAGGUAUACCAGAGUGUGAAGGGGCUGCAACUGCAAAAUCUCCAUGGAAUGCACCUGAACUCUUUGAUCUUUCGGUUUUGGAAGGUGAAACAAUUAGGGAAUGGCUCUUCUUUGACAAGCCUCGUAGAGCGUUUGAAAGUGGUAACAGAAAGCAAAGAUCUCUACCGGAUUACAGUGGACGUGGUUGGCAUGAGUCGAGGAAGCAAGUAAUGAAUGAAUUUGGAGGGCUGAAGAGAUCUUACUACAUGGAUCCACAACCCUUGAAUCAUAUUGAGUGGCACCUUUACGAAUACGAGAUCAACAAAUGCGACGCAUGCGCACUGUAUAGGUUGGAACUGAAACUGGCUGAUGGGAAAAAAAACGCCAAAGCGAAAUUAACAAAUGAUUCGGUUGCUGAUUUGCAGAAGCAGAUGGGAAGACUUUCUGCUGAGUUCCCCUCCCCCGAGAGCAAGCGAUCUGUCAAGGGAAGAUCAAAACUCACUGCAAAGGUUGGUGUUGGAAAUGUUUACUCGACGACUAACAGAGUGCCGUCAACUAAUGGGACAUUUGGUUAUGGGCUUGGUGCACCAUAUGAUUAUCUUGUUGAUAACAUGACAGAGUAUUAUCUGACGUAAUCAAAGAAAGUUGCACGAGUAUGGAAUGAGCUUCAUGUUGUUAGGCAAUGGUGGGGUCGUGUUAUCACUCUUAACAAGUCCAGUCUUUCAGUUUUUUUCUUCUUUUUUGAUAUAAUAUAACCCAAGUCAAGCUCAUUUUUUUGCUCUCUAAAGAUAUCUGUGAAUAGCUAGUGUUCGCAUGGAAGUUAUUGGAAAUGAGAAGCAUAUCCUAACUUUUGGGACACAGGUAUAAAUACCAUAAAAAUGGUGGUCACCCCAACCCAGAAGUGUCACCAUUCCAUAACAGGAUAGGUAUAAUGCAUUGCUUUUACAAAUUUAUUCCCGACUAUUUGGGGGCUCCAAAUAUUGUAAUAGUGAUUUGAUAUGAGCAGUUUACAGUACAUGGAUGACAAUAUAUGCAUUAUUAACUGUGACUA